CUGAAGGAUUGAAAAUUUGGAAAAUAAGAAACGGAAAAAAAUACGGAAAUGGAAAAAACCAAAACGGAAGUUGCAGAGAGUUUAGAGUUAGGAAGUGAAACUGACGAGGAGCAACCAUUUGCAUGUGAACCUUUGUUUUCUCUCUCUAAAUCCAUGAGUUCCUAUAAAAAGUUUUUUCUUUUUCCUUGGUUUCUUCACCCCUUUAUUUGAAUUCCAACACCAUUACAGCAGGAGCGCAAGAAUUGCCGGAAAACUUAGUUUUUCCCCUCACUUCCGCCAUUGCAGCAACCAUUUUUCUCUUUCUCUUUUUUUCCAUUUGUUCCUGGUUCCUUUAGUCCUGAGAAUUCGUUAUUUUAGUUGGGUUUCUUCCAGUUUUCAAAAUUUCCAUUUGUUCUCUGUGUGAGUCCCAAAAAUCUCUUUUUUGCUGUAGUUCAAAUUUUCUGUUUGUUCUUCUCUCACUUUGUCCCAAAAAUCUCUUGUUUCACCUUGGUUUUUCACCUGUAGUUCAAAUUCUCUGUUUGUUCUUCUCUCUCUAACUCUCCCAAAGUCUCUUAUCUCUGUAAAUCCCCAAAUUCUCUUCCCCCAUUCAAAUUUCAUCACCAUUGAAAGAGAGCAAAAUGGACAGGCAUUGGCUCCUUUCUCCUUUCAACCAUUUUCACCUUCUCUUCCUCUUUCUGUACCUGUUUUUCUCGCUGGCAACUUCACUGAACAGAGAUGGCCAAAUUCUUUUGAGAUUGAGAGCUUGUUUGAGUGAUCCAAAUGGAGUUUUUGCUUCUUGGGACGGAGCAAACGAUACCCCAUGUAACUGGACUGGCAUUUCCUGUAACCCCAUCACUUCGGCAGUGGAAGCCAUUAAUCUUGACAAUCUCAAUCUUUCGGGUGACUUUCCCGCCAUGGCUUGCCAGAUUCCGACGCUCAAGAACCUGUCCCUAGGUGACAACAACUUGGGCAAUGGCAUUUCUCAGAGAGACAUCUCUCUCUGUUUUCGCCUCCAUUACCUGAACUUGGGGUACAACAUCUUUUCUGGCCCAUUGCCUGAGUUCUUGCCGGAAUUUGCAGAACUCCGGUGGCUGAACCUCUCUGGGUGCAACUUUUCAGGUGAUAUACCAGCGAGUUUCGGCCAGUUUCCUAGACUCCAGAACCUCACUCUAGGUAACAAUCUUCUUAAUGGCACAAUUCCUCCAUUUUUGACAAAUCUUACAGAUUUGAUAGCUCUCGAAAUCGGUUAUAAUCCCUUCACCCCAAGUCCAUUGCCAUUAGAGAUCGGAAAGCUCGAGAAAUUGCAGAACCUAUGGGUUGCUACAGCUAAUUUGAUAGGAAAAAUCCCUGAAUCAAUAGGAAAAUUGGGUUCUCUCGCGAACUUGGAUUUAUCAGGUAAUAUGCUCACUGGCUCGAUUCCGGAGAGUAUUGGUGGCCUCAAAAGCGUUACCCAGAUUGAGCUCUAUGAUAACCAACUAUCUGGUUUUUUGCCUGUAAGUCUUGGAAAUUUGAAGUCACUGAAAAAUUUCGAUGUCUCUUUUAACAAUCUCUCUGGAAAGUGGCCUGAAGAAUUCGCCAGAAAUUCACUGGUUUCGAUCAACCUUUACAUGAACAAUCUUGAAGGUCCAAUACCUGAGGUUCUGGGUUUGAACACAGAACUGGAGAACCUCGUAAUUUAUGAUAACAAGUUCUCUGGCCAACUUCCGGCCAAUCUAGGCCGGAAUUCUAACCUGGUAAUGCUUGACGUUGCUAGAAACUUACUUGAAGGGAACCUCCCUCCUUAUCUUUGUCGCCGGAAUAAGCUUGAAAUCCUAACAAUCACAGGCAACAAAUUUUCGGGACAGUUGCCGGAAAGUUACAGUCACUGUACUAGCUUAAUUAGGGUUAGAAUUGGGGAUAACCCAAUCACCGGCAAUAUUCCUUCUUCUUUUUGGGGUUUGCCUAGGGUUUUAUUUUUGGACUUAUCUAACAUGAAACUCGAAGGUCCUAUCUCCUCUGAUAUCGCAAAAGCUCGAAAUCUCUCACACCUCAAUGUUUCAGGCAAUGGAUUUUCUGGCAAUUUGCCAGAAAGUCUAUGUCUUUUACGAGAAUUGGCAAAAGUCGACGCUGGUACCAACUCAUUUUCAGGGCCUCUUCCUUAUUGCUUAACCCAAAUGAGAAAUCUGCAGAGGCUGAAUCUCACUGGAAAUCGGUUCUCAGGUGAGAUCCCGGCCAGUGUGGGAUCUUGGGUGUCAAUGGUGAUGCUUGAUUUGUCCAAUAACAGUUUUAGUGGUUCGAUUCCUCCGGAAUUGGGUUAUCUUCUAUUGCUAAACUACCUCGACCUCUCGCUAAAUUCAUUUACUGGUUCUAUACCAGAGGAACUGGGUAAUCUUCCAUUGAGGUUCUUCAAUGUCUCUUAUAACAAUCUCUCUGGUAAAGUUCCUAAAGCCUUUGAUGACACUGGUUUUCUCCAUAGCUUAAUUGGUAACUCCCAUCUGUGCAGCCCUGAUCUAAAGCCAUUACCCACCUGUAAAAGACCAGGAAACAUAAAACAACUCUGGUAUUUAACUGCAAUUUUAGUCAUUUUGGCAAUUUUAGCCUUCUCCUGUGUUCUCUGCUUGUAUAGAAAGUACAGAGUUAGAAUCCACCAAAGACCAGGGCUCCAGAACCACUCUUCAUCGCCAUGGCGAAUAAUCCCAUUUCACCGUUUGUCGCUCAAAGAAGAUGAGAUCCUGAGCUCCAUAGACGAGGCCAAUUUGAUAGGAUCAGGAGGUUCAGGCAAAGUUUACAAAGCCAGGCUAAAAUGCGGCGAGAUUGUGGCCGUUAAAAGGCUAUUUUUAACCGGAAAACAAGAUUUCGACGGUGGAUUUCAGGCCGAGGUCGAAACCUUAGGCAAAAUUCGCCAUAAAAACAUCGUCAAGCUUCUGUGUUGCUUGUUCAAAAGUGAUAUGAAGAUUCUGGUGUAUGAAUAUAUGGAGAAUGGGAGUUUAGGUGCUCUGCUGCAUGGCUCAAAGGGUGGUGAAUUGGGGUGGGAAAAGAGGCUUGAAAUAGCUGUGGGUUCGGCCUGUGGUCUCGCAUAUUUGCACCAUGAUUGUGAGCCCGCGGUGGUGCACAGAGAUGUGAAGGCCAAUAAUAUAUUGUUGGGUGGGGAUUAUUCGGCACGUGUGGCGGACUUUGGAUUGGCCAAGUUGCUGCCCAGGCGCUCGUGUGGGGAUGGGAGCGAGAUGUCUUCUGUUGCUGGGUCUUAUGGGUAUAUAGCACCUGAGUAUGGGUACACUCUGAAGGUCAAUGAGAAGAGUGACAUAUACAGUUUUGGAGUGAUGCUACUUGAAUUGGUAACUGGAAGGCAGCCAAUUGACUCUUCAUUUGGUGAGAAUCGAGACGUAGUGAAGUGGGUUAACGAUGCAGCUUGUAGCGGAGCCCUCGAUGAAGUUCACGACUCAAGAUUCACAUCACCAACACCAUUACAGAAGAUGCAGAUGGAGAAUGUAUUGAGCUUGGCACUUCUGUGCACGUCCCCCGUUCCCAAUAGCCGGCCCUCCAUGAGAAGAGUCCUCCAAGUUUUGAAGGAUGUUCAAUGGCAUCCUUUUAACACAGCCAAGGGAUUCUCUUCUCACAACAUCUCCUAAAAUUUGCAUGUACUUGCCUAAUUCAUGGGGAGCAAUUUUUUCUCAUUCAUCUUUGCUUGUCCCUCUUCUGAACUCUCUCUUUUGAAAAUUUGACAGUAACAUGCAUAAGAGAUGAACUUUUCAACAUUUUACGACCAUUUGAGCACAGGACCGUGUGUUUUUCUAUGGGUAUUUUGAAGUUAAAUUAAACAUAUGGCUGAAGUGUUAAAAAUUGUUCAUCUCUUAUGGAUGAUCUGAUCUAUAUCUCUUGAAAAAAUUUUCUUUUUCACUUUGGACAUGAAUACUUCUACUUUAUGUGCCAUAUAUGAAAUGCUUUCUUU